AUGUACGACCCCCCGAACACUACCAAACUCCUCCCAACCAUGGUCAGGAGUACGUGUCGGCAGCAGGACCGGCAGUGGUUGGCUGGUGUUCGGCGAGGCUCCGAAGACUGUCAGGUAGGAGAUGGGGCGUCCUACCGAGGUACAGUUAACGUGACCGUAAGCGGCAGGACAUGUCAACGCUGGGACAGUCAGACACCCCAUCAACACAUCCGGACACCCGACAAGUAUCCGGCACUGGCCGAGAACUACUGCCGGAAUCCGGACGAAGCCGACAGUGUCUGGUGCUACACCACGGAUCCUGACGAGAAAUGGGAAUAUUGUCAUGCGCCACCCUGCUCAGACCCCGACGAAUACUGUCAGGUGGGAGAUGGGGAAACCUACCGAGGGACAGUUUCUGUGACCGAAAGUGGGAAGUCGUGUCAACGCUGGGACAGUCAGACACCCCACGCACACGUCUAUCCUCCACAUCAACCUGAUCAACAACGUACACUCGGAGCGGAGCCUCAGAACUACUGCCGGAACCCUGACGCAUCCCCGGGAGUGUGGUGCUACACCGCGGAUACCCUCACAAAAUGGGAGUUCUGCGAUGUGCCAACCUGCGCUGCAAGCCAAGGCAGCGAAGACUGUAUUGCAGGAAUUGGAACAUCCUACCGAGGGAAAGUUUCUGUGACCGAAAGUGGCAGGACGUGUCAACGUUGGGACAGUUUUAUCCCCCAUCAUCACCACGUCACAGCGGAGCAGUACCCGUCAUCCGGACUACAGGAGAACUACUGCCGGAAUCCGGACGGCGGAUCCGGAGUUUGGUGCUUCACCACGGAUUCUGCCAAGCGAUGGGAAUAUUGCAAUGUGCCAACCUGCGUGUGCCUGCGUGGUGAGUUCAGCUGUAAGGACAUACUGCACAGCUGCCUGCCGCCCUGGAGGCGCUGUGACGGGGUGCCGGACUGUCCGGACGGCAGUGACGAGGAAACAUGUGAGUGCCUACAAAUCCCGGAGGUUUUUCCGCUGGACGGUCGACUCACGAUCUUACCGAAUCCGCUGAACCAGACGACUUUCGACGAGAUCCAGAACUCCCCGGUCAUGGAACUUCUCAACAGUUCCUACAACAUCUCAGGGAAACACCACCCGGAGUUUCGAAAAUUUGUAUCUUCUGUCAUUUUCCCACGAUGCAAUUUACCUGAGGAGAGCAUGUCCCAGUGUGCUUUGGGUCCGUCCUCCAGCAUAUCGACUCCGUGCCUGGGCAAAGUAAUGCUCCCAUGCCGUUCGUGGUGUGAGGAAGUGCUGAGUAUGGCUGAUGACCUGGUGAAAGGUCUGCUGCCGCCGUGUGACGUGUUUCCGUCAUCACAAGACAGCUGUUGGAACACAGAACUCGCCGUGACGCGAACAGAAGUUUGCUACCAUGGAACUGGCAUGAACUACCGUGGGACAUGGAGUACGACUGCGUCCGGUGCAGCUUGUAUUGAGUGGUCAGCCGGUCAAGCUGGUUUCUACACGGCCGGGUACUCCUGGGCUAACCUGGACAACAACUACUGCCGCAACCCCACCGGUCUCAACCGGCCUUUCUGUCUGACUGAAGACGGUAGCCAGGAGGAAUGUGACGUCAUUCCGUGCAAUUUUGUAGGCUGCUGGGACAGAGGUCCUCCCAACUACGGCCAGAGAACACCAAGUAAAAGGUUCUACUUCGUCGACGAAAGAGUCACGUACACCUGCAACACUGGCUACACGCUGGAGUACGGCUCUCCCAGGGAAGUCAGGUGCCUGGAAGGGAGCGAAGAAGGAAUUUGGGAAUAUGAGAAACCCGUUUGUUCAGUACAUUAUAAACAAAAUCUGCAAAACGAGCUGCUGGCGGUCUACAGUGCCAGCCUGGCACCUGAAAAUGUCGUCAUCAACUUCACGGGCAAGCUGGAACAAAUCGUCGACUUGGAUGAAAAGAAGGAGCAGCUCGUUGCUUUUCUGAUCAUCGAUUUUACAUGGUACGACAGCCGGCUGAAAUGGACCCCGAGGUAUUUCGGUGGCGUCGAGACGCUGAGCGUUCUCGGCAGCAAUAUUUGGACUCCAGCAUUUACUCUCAAGAGAAAUGCUAAUCCACUCUACCAAGGCCUGCCUAAGAACGUGCCGGUCGUAGUGAGCAGCAGCGGCCUGGUGCACUGGAGAGUGGAAACUCUGACCACCAGCGUGUGUGAUGCUGAUCCCUUCCUGUUUCCUGCCGACACCAUGGAUUGUCGUGUCUGUUUCUCCGCAACUUCGGCAGUCGAGCAAACCAUUCAAUGCCACGAGAAAAGCUCGACAUCGGAUGAACAAAGCCACCCGUGUGACUCUGUUAUCCCCGUGGCGCCGGAGGGAGAAUGGUACCGGAGUGACCAGGUUUUCGCGGAGGACACGAGGGAAGCCUGCCUCUCCCUCCAUCUGUCGCGCAUCCCGACGUUCCACAUCGCCACGACUGUCGGACCCUGUCUCAUCCUGAUCGUACUGAUGACCAUCACCUUCAUCAUGCCCAUAGACAAGGGAGACCGGAUCUCGUUCGGAGUGACCAUCCAGCUGUCCAUGGUCGUGUCUCUCGUGUUUGUUACAGAUGUGCUUCCCGUCAAGGGAUCGCUGCCGUUUUUCGCCACGCUGAUCAUCGUGUGCAUGGGCGUGAUGGGACUUUUCCUCUUCGCCACGAUGGGCAUCAUCAGCAUUCACGACAAAGAGGGGCGCCUGUCUCCGGCAACGAGGGUUAUCUUUCUCCGCUAUAUGGCUUGGAUGCUUCUCCUAGGAGAUCUCACACAGAAGCAAACCAGCACGGCUUCCGGUACUGACGAGGAAAGCCUGGCCAAGCGCGCUGUCCACGAGAACACCAACAGCGGCAUUCAGGACGACGACACCGCGGCGGGCGAUGGAGAAAGCACCGCUGAAGAAGAGCGCCAAGACCCCAAGAUCAUCGGCAAGCCAUCCAAGCCUCCUACAGCUACUGUGUCCGCCGAAGCUGCGGGAUCUGUUCGCCUGGUCUCCAGUGUGGACGAACUGACCAAGACGGUAAGGAUGAUGGCCGAAGGUCUGACCAGCGUGAAGACGGAGGCGGAAGUGUCCGACUACACCCUGCUGGCUAACGUCCUGGACAGGCUAUGUCUUGUCGUGUAUCUUAUCAUCACCACGGCAUCUGUUCCGAUCAUCAUGUAUUGGAGUGUUUAA